GCGACAAGUAUCCAAGCGUGUUGUCCAAGUUUGCGCACAAACGAGCGAUUAGCUGUGUGAAUAAAACGAGUUUCCGUGAGCGAAACUAAAGACUCAUGACGAGAAGCUGCUGAUUUUCUUCUAAUGCUUGAGCUGACACGUACAGUAGCGGCGAGGAGUCGAAAGCUGCCGCCUGCAGCGCACUGUGGGCAGCACUGACUGGGCGUGAUGCAUCUGGGUCCUCCUCUUCCUCCGGCCUCCCUGCACCUCCUUGUCCCUCCAGUGAGACUUAUGUCUGCUUUCAUGUGGCAAGUGGUCCAGCAGCACAAUGUGAUGCAGUAUGACAAGCUGGUGGACUUCAUCAGUCUGGUGACAGAGCUGGUCCCAGAGCUGCUGAGUCCCAACCAGAGAGCUCAGCUCCUCCUGGGCCUGAGAGCAAAGCUGGUUCUGGAGCUGUGUCGUGAUGAUGGAGUCGCCAACUUGCAGACCAUCCAGAGCCACCUGGAUCAAAUCCACACCUGCAACACUGAACUGAGCUCCACUGAUCAGAUGGCCAGUGGUGACAUACUGAAGACUUCUUACAUAAACUUUGCCAGCCUGGUUCAAAACCUUUUGAGCGUUCCUUUUGAGAAGGAGUUCUUCUUCCAAGAGGUUUUUCCUGUAAACUACGGCUCUAACUAUGACCAAAGACUGCAGCAGCUGGUGUCAGUGUUCCUGUCCAGGUUGGAGCAGCUGUUGCCCAUACCAGACCUACAACAGACAGCAGCGUGGCUCACUGAAACAACAUCUGUGUUAGAAGGAUUUGAACAACAUCUGUCUGAACCCUUUGCCUUGAAGACUCUGCUGAUUCAUCAUGGACAGUCGGGGACUCUCGGUUCCGCACCUUCCAGCAGUGAAGAGGAUAUACUUUUGUCCACCAUGGCCCUCCCUGCUCCAACUGGAGAGGAGAGAUUUACUGAGCCUUACAGUGACGAGGAUGAUUAUGACAAUGAGGAAGAGACCCUGGCGUUGGAAGAUUUAGAAGACUCGAGUCAAAGCUUAGAUGUCAAUGCAGACGAUUGGUUACCAAAAAGGGAAUUAGGUCGUCUGUCCCGUUUGUUCAUGUGCCCUCAGUGUUCGUUCACUCACCGAACGAAGAGGAAGGUUCAAGAGCACAUCCAGAGUGAGCACCACAUAACAGCUCCCGUGCAGAAAAAAAUAUCUGUGAAAAAAGCCCAAACAAAGACUCCACAGAAAAGUAACGACUUGAACGCCGAAAAGAAGAGAGAAGGAGACAACUCUGAGAAAAAGUGGAAACGAAAACAAAAAGACUGUGUCGAAAAAAAGUGUGUACGUAAGCAGAAGAAGGACAACUUGGAAAACAAGAAGCGACAUAAACAGAGAGAGUCCAUAGGGGAAGACAAAAGGUUCCUGAGCACACGACCUGUAACCAUAAACUUCACAGAGGAAGAAACUAAAUGCCCCAAGUGUGAAAAAGUUUUUGAACAUCCAAAUCAACUUAAGACUCACUUGAAGCUCCACAGCUUCCCGCACCACUGCAGCCAGUGUGAGAAGGGAUUCACCAGCCCAUCAGGUUAUUAUCAGCACCAGAGACUCCACAAGAGAGGACGGAUAUUCAUCUGCAGCCAGUGCAACAAGGGUUUCCUGUGCAACUAUUCGCUCAAGCAGCACGAACGCCUGCAUGAAGGCCCCACGAACUUGUGCACGAUCUGCGGGAAAGCCUUCAGCAAAGCGGGCAUUACAAGACACAUGCAGAUGCACAGAGGGGAGAGGAAUUACUUGUGCACCACGUGCGGGAAGUCGUUCUUGUCCUCUGGGGAGCUGCUGCUGCACACACGGUCACACACAGGUGAGAUGCCAUACACCUGCACCCACUGCGGGAAGGGCUUCUCCAGCAAGAGUCACUUAAUUGUCCACUCACGCUCACACACAGGGGAGCGUCCUUACCUUUGCUCAGAGUGCCCGAAGCGAUUCCUCACGCUGAACUGUUUGAAGAGACACACGCUGAGCCACAACGGAGUGAAGCCAUUUAAGUGUCCAAACUGUGCCAAGGAAUUCUCCCAGCAGGGGAAUUUGAAAAGACACCUGACAACUCAUAAACCUGACGUGUAGUGUGUAGCUUUUAGUGUUGUUGUUUCGCCUUGUCCUGUUAAAUAAACUUCUGCUCUCCUGUAGACGCUGAUGAUUUUUAGGCUUGAUUCUGUGGUUUAACAAACAGUUGCUUGUGUUAAACAGCAGAAGCCCACAGUAGGAUGCGUGUAAUUUUUGUUUUAGAGUUUAUUAACCCUGCCUCACGCCCUAAGUCAGCUGGGAUAGACUCUAGCACCCCCGUUACCUUAGUGAGAAUAAGCGGUUACAGAGAAUGGAUAGAUGGAGUUUAUAUUAUAUUUGUAUAAUGUAUGUUCAAAUAUUUUAAUUUAAGGCUUAAAGUUAUUAACUAAUACCACAAACCUCAGUAAAAUCAUGUGAGUACAGCCAUUGCGCACACACAGUAUGAUUAUGAUGUUUUAGGUCAGACUAUAACAUACAGUUAAAAAACUAAACAUUUAAUAGCAGAUUACAGUAACUUGAUAGUUGGUCUACUCGGAUAAAGUGUGAGGAAAAUGCAAACAUAAAAGGGAAGGGAAAAACACAGCUGUAGGAAAUGCAAUUUAUUUGCAAUUUUUUAAUAACAUCAUUCCUCAGAUAAAAAUGCAAUGUUACAGGAAUAUACAUCAGAUAUUAAUUUAAAACUUGCUUUCAAGGGACCAUACAGUCUAAAUAUACUUUUUCCUUUUUUUAUUUACUGGUAGCGUGCGUUAUAAGCAAGACAGACUCUGUCACCAAUGACAGACUGACAAGUUACAGAUACAAACUGUACAUUACUUAUUUACAAAUCAACUUUUUGUUUGGUUUUUCGUUUCACUUUUUAUUGAAAAUAGGAGUAGAAAAAGUGAUUGAAUUAAUAUUCUGAUUUAUUUGAUUUGUAUUCUUUCCCUUUCUAAAAUCUAAAAUGAAAUGAAUGAAAAAAAAACAAAACAAAAACAAACAAAAAAAAUCAAGAACUCUCCUUUAGAAAAAAGAAAGAAGCAGAAGAAGAAGAAGUAGAAGUAGAAGAAGAAGAAAAAGGGUGUGUCGACCGUGAGACCAUGCAGUCGUCACCAGGGAGACAAAUGGUAACUGAGGAAACCAAAUGAUGUUGGGCCAGUGUCACUUAGCAACCUCAGAACCAAUGAAAUCCCUCACAGUCGAGGGGGAGUGGCUUAUGUUAAAGAACUCACUUACAAAAUGGCCACCUUCCUCCAAAGCUACCGCAAGUACAAUAACACACUCUAGUUCAUUUUUUGACCAUAAAUAGUGCUGUUAUUAAAUACUACAUUUAACAGUAGUGUCACUACUAAUAUUACAACAAAUUGGUCUCUGUGUGAACACCUCUCUUCGUACAGAAUAAACUCAAGGAUUGACAACAGACUUCAAUCUGACAGAUCAAAACAAAAACAAACAGACAGCUCAAUCCUGUCAAAGGCCCUUUAACACUUUGCAUGAGCAGUGAACUAAGACUAUGACGAGAUCAUAAGACACUACUGACCAGUGGAGAACAGAGCGUCACAGCCCUGGCAUUUACUCAGUAAAUAUGGAGCAGAAAAGCUUUCACUACUGUAUAUGGAGCCGUGGAUCCCCUGCCAUUGAAUUGUCAGGCUGGUAAAAGGCCUGGAUUGAAAAAAAAAA